UUUAAAAAAAUGGCAGAAUUGAGAGAAAAAUGGAGUCUUAAAGGCACCACUGCACUUGUUACUGGUGGCUCCAAAGGCAUAGGGUACGCUAUAGUGGAAGAAUUGGCAAAUUUUGGAGCAAGAGUAUAUACAUGUUCACGUAAUGAAAAUGAACUUCAAGAAUGCCUUGAUAUUUGGAGAAAAAAGGGACUUAAAGUCGAAGGUUCUGUUUGUGACUUAUUAUCUCGUACUGAACGUGAAAAACUUAUGAAGACUAUUGAAGAUGUAUUUGAUGGGAAGCUUAAUAUUCUGGUGAAUAAUGCAGGAGUGGCAAUACAUAAGGAAGCUAAAGAUUUCACAAAAGAAGAUUACAAUAUAAUUAUGGGAACUAAUUUUGAAGCUGCUUAUCAUUUAUCUCAAAUUGCUUAUCCUUUAUUGAAGGCUUCUCAAAAUGGAAAUGUUAUUUUUGUUUCUUCUAUUGCUGGAUUUUCAGCAUUGCCCUCUCUUUCUCUUUACUCUGCUUCCAAAGGUGCAAUAAAUCAAAUGACAAAGAACUUGGCAUGUGAAUGGGCCAAGGACAAUAUUCGGGUCAAUUCUGUUGCUCCAGCAGUCAUUUUAACCCCACUCGUUGAAACUGCAAUUAAGAAAAAUCCUCAACAAAAAGAAGAAAUUGAUAGUCUUGUUGUUAAGACUCCUUUGGGCCGGGCCGGAAAGCCCGAAGAAGUUUCAGCAGUAAUAGCUUUUCUUUGCUUCCCAGCUGCUUCUUAUAUUACGGGCCAAAUCAUAUGGGCCGAUGGUGGAUUUACAGCUAAUGGUGCGUUUUAAGUGUUAUUUUCUUUGGGCUUUGUAAUCUUUUUCUAUUUUUUGUAAUUUGUAUUUUGGGCCUAUUAUCGGCCCAUUAUGCUUUGAACAAUUUCUAUGUCCAUGUGCUUGUGUUCUUCAACUACACACUUCCAUUUUCA